AUGAUAAAGGCAGCAUCUAAGUCAGUAGUCAUCAAGGAACCAGUUCUAGAACCCUCUACUGAAAAGACUCCAGAAGAGUCAUCUGAGGAAUAUCAAUCUGAGAGCUCUAUGGAUUCUUCCUCUGGAACCCAAGAAGAAGAAGUUCCAGCUAGAAAGAAUGUUAAGAGGAAAGCUAUUAUUGAAGAAUCAUCUGAUGAGGAAACCGAAGAUGAUGUUCCUCUGGUAAAAAGGCAAAGAAUUCAAACAGCUCAAGAUGUUGAGCAGGAUGACUGUGAGAUCAUUGAAAAUGUGCUCCAAGUCAUAAGGGAAUCAGAAGAAGCUGAAGAUUCCACUGAUUCAGAUGUCGAGCCCAUAGGCAAGAGGCUAAAACUGCCUCUGAAGGGUCCACUUCAGAAGAAGGAGUCAGGACCACAGCAAACAUCUGAAAAGAUCUCAGAAGUACAAAGAGAAAGGAGAUCAAAGACAGCUUCAGAUCCUGCAAGGACUGCCAGACCCACCAAAUCCAUCUUUAUCAGAGAAUCAAGUAAGCCUCUUCAACAAGUGGCUUCCAGCCUUGAAGAUCAACUCCAAGAUGUUGCUGAAACUUCCUACGUAUCAUUGUCCAACUAUUCUGCAGUAAACUCACGAGAUCUGAGUUUUACCUCACCUGAGAAGACUGCUACCUCCAGGCAAAGGCCAGUGACGAUCUCUGAAGCUGAGCACAUGGAUGAGUCUGACCAUUGA